ACGGUUAUCCCAACUAUGCGAUACUUAGUAUUAUUUACAGUCCUGGCCGUGGCGGCAGCCGCGCCGAGGCCCGGAGGCCUUAUCGGCGGCUACGGCCUCGGCGGCUACGGCCUGGGCGACUACGGCCUCGGCGGCUACGGAUUAGGCGGCCUCGGACUAGGACACGGGGUGUCAUCAGUCAGCGUAGUACAGCAACCAGUAGCGGUUGCCCAACCCGUGGCUGUUGCGCAACCAGUAGUGCACGCCGCGCCAGUAGUGCAGGCAGUCCACGCCGCACCCGUAGCCAUAGCUAAGCCUGCUGCCACUAGCUACUCUUCGUUCCAACAGGUCGUCCACCCAGUCUCAAUCGCACAGCCAGUGGUCCACGCCGCUCCAGUUAUCUCACAGCCCAUCGUGCACGCACCGAUCGCACAGCCCAUCGUGCACGCACCGAUCGCACAGCCCAUCGUGCACGCGCCAUUCGCACAGCCCAUCGUGCAAUCGUACCACGCGCCAGCGAUCGCCUCCGUGGGCUACGGACACGGAUGGUAG